UUAUUUAAAUGAGCCUUUAUCUUGGUUUUAUUUCUUUAAAUGGGCUCAUAAUGAUCUUCAACUUUUUCACUUAUAAAUAUAUCUUGUAUACACUUCCUCAUCAAUACAUAUAGAUCAAAUUCAUUAUUUUUAACAGGUAUGUAGUAUUCCAUAGUAUGAAGGGACUGUAAAGCAUUAAAGCAAUCCACAGUUUUACCAGUUGGGGAUAUUACCAGUGACUGACUAUCUUUAUACACCUUUAUGUGAAUGGGACAGUAUUUCUGGUAUCUUGCUUUUGUAGUCAGGGCUUUGGUCAUUUCCAGCAGAAAAGAGUGGCAGACUUCUGUCUUUUCCUUGGAGGGGGCUCAACUGUUGGGCAUCAUCCUAUGCCUGAGUCACAGCUGCCCUUAUGACAUCAUAGGUCUCCCCCAUUUACUCUUUCUACCCAUGCCAUGGCUAGAGGAGCACAGACCUGAGGGGAUCUGAACCAUCUAUACACCCAAUCCAUGUGGGACCAAUGGUGAGUCAGAGACAGACACACCAGGCUUUUUAGUAAUGUCCUGGUAGAUCUCUCAGAAUGAAGGGACCCCCCUGACUUCUGAAUACUCCUGGAGGCCCUGGAAGCCGGGGAUGUAUGGGAUACUGAAUGGAGAGAGAGGGAGAGCAGCCUAACUCUUGCCUUUCCCCUAACUGCUGAUCGCAGGAAACAGGCCAGCCUAAAAACAUUAAGAAACACACUAAAGAUGAGCCUCAGCAGGUAGAGAAGCCGACUGGUUCAUCCUCAGCACCACGGUCCUCAGAGAAGAAGGUAGAGGUAGAAGGAGCACUGAGUUGGAUGCCUCUGGUCCUGUGUCCUCGUGCUUAUGGCUAGUGUCUUUUGCAUGGUUUGGAGCUAAGAACAGGAAUAAUCUCAUUCUUGUCUGUCCUCUUUCCCCAUUUCUUUUUCAGGCUAACAAUGUGAAUAAGGUUGAAAUGAAGAGAGCAGAUGAUGCUAAUAAGAGACCCAGAGAAAACCCAGGAAACCAAAAUAAGCUCCACACUAGUAAUCUGGAAGUCGUAAAGAUCCAGGCCUGGUGGCGGGGGACCCUGGUGCGCCGGACGCUGCUGCACGCGACCCUCAGAGCUUUAGUCAUUCAGCGCUGGUGGAAGCAGAUUCUGAUGAAGGUGCAGGAGAAGAGGCGGCGGGCGGCGCUGGAGACCUUCACACGGAACGAGUGGGCGGCAGUCAGGCUGCAGUCCUGGGUCCGCAUGUGGCGCAUCCGCCUGCGCUACUGCCGUUUGCUCCACGCCGUCCGCAUCAUCCAGGCCUUCUGGCGGUGCCACUCCUGUGCUUCUCGGGGUUUCAUUAAGGGCCACUACAGAGUCACAGCCAACCAGCUGCAUCUCGAGAUAGAGAUCUUGCUGGGCUCAGGGCCUUGCAUUGUGACCGAGUGUAUUCCUCUCCCAAUAAAGCAGUGA